GCGCCCUCCCCUCGCUCCCGCCCCCCCCCUGGGAAUCCACUUUCUGUCUUUCAGCUCCCGUGAGGAUGCGGCAGGCCAGGCCGGCCGGCCGCUCGGCGUCGCCGGGGACGCGCCCCGCGUGGGACUGAGCUCCCCCCGACCCCCGCCCGCUCGCCGCCACCAUGAACACCAACGUGUGCGUGGAGAGCGGCCCCAACCCCGAGGCGCCGGGGCUGCCCAAGGACAGCCACCUGCCCGAGGGGGCCCUCAACAGCCUUGUGGAUUACAACUCGGAGAUGGAGAGGUACCGCUCCUUCGCCACCUUCUACAAGACCAACGGCGGCGCCUUCCCGCAGGCGGCCAAGAUCGCGCGCAUCACCACCCCCAUCUUCCCCAGCGCCGCCGCCGCCGCCGCCGCCCGCAUCGGCAUGUCCCCCUGGAACUGCGACACCGCCACCGCCGCCGCCGCCACCGCCAUGCUCUGGGGCAGCGGCGGCGGCGGCGGCGGCGCGGCGGGCGGCGCGAGGAAGCCCUCCUCCUCCUCCUCCUCCUCCGCCGCCGUCGCCGCCGCCUCCGCGGCCGCCGCCGCCUCCUCGCUGCACGCCGGCAGGGGCGGCAUGCACCACCGGAGCGACUCGCAGCGCCUGGGCAAGCCCGGCUGCGCGCCGGCCGAGCAGCCCGCGCUGCCCAUGGCCAACGGCAACUUCCUCUCCGGCCUGGCCCCCGAGCACUGCCGGCCGCUGGCGGGCGAGUGCAUGAACAAGCUCAAGUGCGGCGCCGCCGAAGCCGACAUCAUGAACCUCCCCGAGCGCGUCGGCACCUUCUCGGCCAUCCCGGCGCUGGGCGGCCUCUCGCUGCCGCCCGGGGUCAUCGUCAUGACGGCCCUGCACUCCCCCGCCGCGGCCUCGGCCGCCGUCACAGACAGCGCCUUCCAGAUCGCCAACCUGGCGGACUGCCCGCAGAGCCACGCCUCGGCCGCCCCCGCCUCCGCCCUGGGAGGCGGCGGGGCCGGGGCCGGGGCGGGCAACCCCGCCAAGAAGAAGCGGAAACGCUGCGGGGUGUGCGUGCCCUGCAAGCGGCUCAUCAACUGUGGAGUCUGCAGCAGUUGCAGGAACCGCAAAACGGGACACCAGAUCUGCAAAUUUAGGAAAUGUGAAGAGCUUAAGAAAAAACCUGGCACUUCGCUAGAGGUCAGAGGAGAUGAUUUCUUUUUCCCCAGCCUCCCGCCGUCCCUCCUCAACCCCCUGCCCCCGCCCCUGCAGUGCUUCUUGUCUAGCUUCAAGAUGCAGCACCCGUUCUCCGAGGCCUCCUUCAGGCUCUGAGGGUGCUCCCGCCGCCGGCGCGGCCCCGCGCCCGC